AUGUCGAGCCAACCAUACAUGAAUAUAGCAUUAGCCGGCGCCACAGGCAACCUCGGCCAGCCUCUUCUAAAAGCCCUGGUCGAAGCAAAGUACAACGUCACAGUCCUCUCCCGCUCUACCCCCUCGAACCUUCCCUCUGGAGUCAAAGUUGCCACGGUAGACUUCACUUCCCUUUCCUCCCUUUCCUCCGCUCUCCAGGGCAUCGACGCCUUCGUAUCGUGCAUCCCGAACCACGGCGACCAACCAAUCCUCAUCGACGCUGCCGUAGCCGCAGGAGUCAAACACUUCAUCCCCUCUGAAUUCGGCUCGAAUGUCAUCGGGAACGCCAAUUGCGCCGCGCUACCAGUCUUCGCAGGCAAGAAGAAGACGGAAGAGUACUUGGACAAAGUCCAGGACAAGAUAACCUGGACCGCUGUCAUCACGGGGGCGUUCCUGGAGUUUUGUAUCGAGCACGGUCUCCUCAUCAAUCCUAAGACUGGUCUCGGCGAGGUGUCAAAAGUCUACGACGGCGGGGAUGGAAAGAGAUCUUUCACCACGUAUGCCGAUAUUUGUACCGCUGUGAUAGGUGUCCUACGCCGUCCCGAGCAGUGCAAGAAUCGCGCCGUCUAUGUCCAGAGCACAACCACAUCCCAGAAUGAACUCCUCGCCAUCGCCAAGGAACUCAAGCCUGAGCGCGACUGGGCGAGGGAGGAAGUCAGUACGGAGGAUCUGCUUACGGACUCUUAUGCCAAUCUCAAGGAGGGCGGGCCAAAUAUCGGGAAGGCGAUGGUCGGAUUCAUCAUCAUUAGUAUAAUGAAUCAGGGCUACGGAAGUUGCUGGGAUGAAGAAAAUGACAAUGGGUUGCUUGGGAUCAACGGUUUGAGUCGCGAAGAGCUGAAGAAAGUGGUUGCUGGUUGUUUGUGA